AUGAAUUAUACUAUUAUGUGUUUGCAAGAUGAUGGUUUAGACCCCUCUUAUUACGUCUCAGCACCAGGAAUGUUCAAUGAUUCUUUAUACAAGAGUAGCGGAGCUGAACUCAAGCUUAUGAUGGAUAUGAAUGAGUAUCUAAUAGUUGAGAAAGGUGCAAUGAUGCAAUAUAUGCCUACAAAGAAAAAAGGCAAGGUAGAUCCAGAAGAGGUACCAGAUAUUCAAACUAUUGCGCCAAAUGCAGAAAUAGGCUAUAUGCCCGAAGUAGACUUAGAAGUUCCGGCACAUUUACAUGACUUCUUUGCAGACUACUCUCUAGCACCAGAAAAGCAAAUAGUACUUGAAAACUGGUUAAGUCCAUAUAACGCAAAAUUAGUACAAGACAAGGAAGUGGGAGGUGGCAAAUAUGUAACAGGAGAAAAGCUCGUCCAAACUCUUUAUCCCAAAAAGAACUAUGUGGUCUAUUAUCGUGCACUCCAGCUAUAUAUGAGACAAGGGCUAAAGGUUACAAAGAUCCAUGGCACACUCAAGUUUAAGCAAUCCCCUUGGAUGAAAGAAUAUAUUGAGAAAAAUAUUUGUAAACGCAAAAUAGCAAAAGCCAAUGGUGAUGAGUUCGGGGUCAUGUAUUAUAAGCUAAAAAAUAAUACAGUCUUUGGUAAACAGAUAGAGAAUGUCUGUAAACAUAUGAGAGUAGAACUUCUCCAAACAGAAAAAGAUAAAAAAAUCAGGCGAUUAGCAAGUUCGCCAUUAUUUGUAGCUUUAUUCCUGAUGAAGAACGAACCUAAGGGCUCAUCUAUAGAUAAAGCAGUAUGUUUAAAACCAAAGAUGUACUCCAUUCUACCAGUUAGGCAUGAUCCAAAGACUCUCAAUAAUCCCGAUUCAGAAGACCCUAAAAAGAAGCAUGGCAUCCAGAAGGCAAAGGGUGUUAAGAAAUGCGUAGUUAAGAGGGAACUUCGACAUGAUAAGUUCCUAGAAUGUCUUAGGAACAAGAGACUAACCAGGCAUGAUAUAUAUGGCCUCCGAAGUUAUGAUCAUCAAAUAUAUAUGGAGAGGGUAAAUAAGAUAGGGCUGAAUCCAUAUGAUAACAAGCGCUGGAUUUUACUUGAUAGAAUUCGAACUCUCCCAUAUGGACAUUGGCGAAUUGGAUUAUACAAACGCCUAGUAGCAUCUGAAAUAGUUCCUGAGGAAGCAGAAGAAAGAGCUAUGAAAGCUAGACUUCGUUUUAAGGAAUAG